UUUCAUUGGGCGGCUACGACUUCAGCCACAACGAGUGAGGCCCAAGCGCGCCGGUUCGCAAUUCCGUUUCAGACGUGAGGCCUCGCCGCGUUUUGCCGUUUGGACCAGGGCAGAAGUCAGUCGAGCCUCCCGCCUGGGAGACCCGGCCGGUGUGGCCUUCCCGCCCGCCUCCCGCCGCGCGCGCAGGCCAGGCCCCCCUAGGCUCCCGGUCCGAGGGAAAGGGGGAAGGAAGGGGGCCUCACCCACGCCCGCCUGCUUGCGGCAGAAGAUCAAAUCCGGGUGGUGCUUGGCCAUCCCUGAACCCCUUCGCCUCGCGCCGCCGUCGUUACUGGCCUUUCACCUUUGACCCCUUCAGGUCCUGGGGAAAGCGCAGGUCCUACACACUCGCCCACCUCCACACAAACCGGCUUUUAAUUUCCUUUCGCGCGCUACCGCGUCGGGUUACAACACUCGAAUAUCCCGCAAAUAAACAACAACGUGUUUCUUCGUAGCCCUUAGAAUAUUUUUAGAAGAGGGGAAAUGUCGGCAAUUUACAACUCUCUCUCUCUUUCAGGACCUGGCAGAGUACCGCCCUCUCGACUGACGUCAUUAGCACGCUAGAGAUUGGACCCAUUUUUCAGACGGGCAGCGUAGAGUUAGACUUGAAACGCUUACAGAGGCCUCAACUUUCGUUUGCUUUCCCUCUCUAAGGGCGGAAGUGAGAGCUGCUCAUAGAAAUUUGGGGAGGAAUUCACGAUGCUAGCGUAGCAACCCGAGGCAGAAAUAACAUAAUACUCCUAAGGUUGCUCCUUUUUUUGUUUCUAAGUGAACGCGCUGCUCCUCAGUCAGCUACGCUAAGCUAAUAGACUUCCCCAUUGAUUUGUACAGGCAGCCUUAAUUUCGGUACUAUUGUAGCGGGACAGGGAAUACGUAUGCCCAGGUAAACCCGGAAAUUUCCAAUUUUUUUUAAAGGUGGACUUCUCUGCAUUUUCUUAUCACUAUGUACUAUUAUUGACGAGGAAAGCGGUUUCCUGUGGAGAAGUCACGCCUCCGGAAGUACUUUGUUUCCACGUGCCCGCUUCUAUUUAAAAGGAGAUUUGAUGGGCGCGGCCUAGGCCCCGCCUACGAGGCACGUCCUUUAAAAGCCCCGUGUGACGCUAUCGCGCAGCGACUUCAUCUUUGUCAGUGAACAAAAUGGCGCCGUACUGUGUCCUAGUCAGUCGGUUACAGGUGAGUCUGGUUCCCGUAGACUCGGUUAUGGGCAGAGCAAGCGGUAGAAGCUGAGUGUAGCUGGCGGAGUCGGCAGUGGGGGUCGAGGCCUGCGCGCCCCUCGCUGCUCUUCGGGAUCGGCCUUCCGCUUCCUCGCUGUAGGUCAGUGUGUCCCCCAUGCCAGUCCCGCCUGUGACUCCCUGCAAGCGAGGAGGGAUGUUUGCUUGGCAGUACCAUAGAAAGGCCUGGCAUGCCAACACACGUACACUAGCGAAGGCUUCGUGCUGUCUCCGGGGUGGUGUGCUGACUGGUGGGGCCCCGCUCACGAACUCAAGGUGAGGGCAAGGUUACUGGGGGUCUGCGCCGCUGCUGGCUUCCCUCCACACUCGGCAUUUAUAAACGACGCAUUGUACCGUUAUGCAUGCAGUCGUAUUGAUAGAUGGAUUUUUACAACCUACACACGGUAGGUGGCAUAGGAAUUCACCUCUCAGCAAUAGGCCUCUUCCCUGUGGCUUGUUUCACACAAAUAGUUCCCCAAAUUUUAUGCUACAAAUUAUGCACAGAACUGCUUUUGGGUAGGUAGGACUUAACCUCUCUAGCCCUACAAUCCUGUAUACACUCUUAUUUGGGCAAGCCACCUAAUGGGGUUUCCUUCUGAGUAAAAAUGUUUUGCUGCAAAACAUAUGCACCAAAUAGUCGAGCUGUAAAUGUUAGAUGUAUUGUUACUUUUUGAAAUGUUUUGUAAUACCUUUUGUUUAAAAAAAUUGGUUUGUUUCAAUCAACCAAAUAGCUCAGGCUUAGGCAUGAGAUGGACAUGCAUAACUUUGUUUGUAUGCUGCCUUUCUGUAGUUCAAACCAUGCGCAGGACAGUUUGCAACAUAAAAAAUACAUAAUUACACACAUAACAAAGUAGACACAAACAAUAAAUACCAAAAGUUCACAAAUUAAACAAUUUCCACAUAAAUAAUAUUUAAAAUAAAGAUACAAAAAAAAUUGAUUACAGCAGCAACCCCACUCAACAAAACCCCCUAAAAAGUACCCCAGUCCAAGAGUCUGUUCAGCAUCUUCAACUUUUGUAGCUGGAAUCAAUCAGGAUCCUGCCCACCCAGGCCAGGUGGGUAAAGGCCUGCAGGGCAGGGAGCAGGUCUUCCAGGACUCACAGCCAAGAUGGACACCAACACUGCAGACAGGAUGAACUUGAAGCUAAGAUUGUUGGUUUAUGAAAGAUACCAUGUGCAUAAGGGAAUACAGUGGUACGUCGGGUUAAGUACUUAAUUCGUUCCAGAGGUCCGUUCUUAACCUGAAACUGUUCUUAACCUGAAACACCACUUUAGCUAAUGGGGCCUCCUGUUGCCACCGUGCCGCUGGAGCACAAUUUCUGUUCUCAUCCUGAAGCAAAGUUCUUAAUCUGAGGUACUAUUUCUGGGUUAGCGGAGUCUGUAACCUGAAGCGUAUGUAACCCGAGGUACCACUGUAAUACUUACAUUGGGGCCUCAAUGGUGCUUGUUAAUGGGUUCUGAAGACUCAAGAGAUACUGUUGCUGAUACCAGCCUGUAUGCUACCUGCUUUCAUUUUCCCCAAGUAUAAGUGGGACAAAUUGAUUUAUCGGCACCCCUACUUCAUAUAGCCCUCUUCAUUCUCUCUACUUGUUGAAAAGUCUGCCUGCUUGACCAUAAUAAAGAACGUUGCCCAAUCCACAUAUUCAACAUUCAUUUUCACUGAAACAGUAUCUUCCAAUAUCUUCCAUUAAUAUAAAGUCAGGUCAUAUUAGGGACACUGAAGACCCAAUAUGCAGCAUACUGAAAACAGUUAUUUUCUUUAUCAAAACUAGCUCCCUGCACAGUGAUGUUUUGUUUUCCCCCACUCCAUUUUUCCCUUAGUCACUUACAUUGAGUAAGAGUGUAUGGAGGGGACACACUCUGAUUAUUUCUACUCAAGAGGGCUUGCAUGCUACUUCUGAACAGUCAGCCCUGAGGGAGGAAUUUGUGCUGGAUCUUCUAGCUGUUUGGUCCAUCAGCUGCCAAUCAAUUAUAAACCCUGCUGCUGAAGGUGGUAGAUCAUCAAUGAGCACAAUAUUAUACUGUUGAUGGAUACAGGCGGUGACCAUUUCAAAUGGGAGUUCAAUUCCUAGAAUCCAUGCACAUCGGCAGAGCAUGUAUAAACUCAAAAGAACCCAUGUCUCGGUGAUCAUGCAUCAAUUGGACAUUUAUAAAAUGGUUGCCGCCUGUACAGCGUUCCCUUUAAAGGUACUGGGAAGCUGCUAGAAGCUAGCUGUAUUGUGACUUUAUACUACACAGUCAGAACUAUACCGUAUAUAGUAGCAGUUUGAGGGAAAGCAUUUCUGUUCUGUUUUGGACAGUUCCAAUUUUAUUUAAGAAGCAAGAUACUGUGGAGGUGGUGGCAAGCAGAGAAUAGAAUUGGAAAAGUAACAAAUGGAGGUUAGCCACCCCUGUUUUAGGAGGCUUUAUGUACGACUAGGGGAGAAGUUUGAAGAGGAAAAGUAGAACACAUAUUUAUGGGGGUGUAAUGUUGACCUGUUUACAAAAAUGCCAUUGUGCUUGGCCAAGAACCUAUGACUGAACUGAGACUUAAUCCUGUAACCAGUGGUAAUGGUGCUGCUUAAACACCUUUUCCCCCUCAUAAUUAAGCUAUCUACCUGGAAUGUCUCUUGAACAAAUUCUGUUAACAUGAAUGCCACACUAAUUUCAGUGGGAUUGCGCAAGAGGCAUUCCUCAUGCAUUGUACUUUUAGUCAUGAUGGCUUUGAGGUAGCAUGUGAACUGCUCGCUCAAAAUGCCAAUAGGAGCAGAAAAAUGAGUGAAAUCACAAACAUAAUGUUGCCUAGAUUUGUAUUUUGGGUUAUGAAGUGAACAGUUGUCCAACUGUAGUUCCAUUUAACUAAAGCAAUAGGCAGAAAAACUAAUUGUGCACUGAAAUAAAGAUAUGCCUCUUACUGCACAUAGAAAUGCUUACAAAGUAGAGUCAUUGUUUUUAAUAUUCCGCACAAAGUGAUGAAUCUCAGAGAAGUCAAAUUGUGGAUUGGAGUCUUGAGUCACUUCCUUUCUCAGUAGAAUUUUGUACUGAGAUUUUUCAGGACAUGCAAGAAAUUGUGAAGGUGGCUGACCAUUACUUGAUCAGAUUUGAAACGGAAAGCUGUUUUAAGAUCUGCUGACUUCUUCAGUCAUACAAGGACAUAAAGACAGCUUUGGCUACAAUCCUAAGUACCUUUACUAGGGAGUACCAUUUGACUAAAUAGGAUUUACUCCUGAAUAAGCAUUAUUAUGAUUGCAGUAUUGUGUUUGUCAGUCUCAUAUUAAAAAUAGUCUUAAAAUUUGAAAGCCGGAAGCUUGCUCAGGGAUAGUGACAGCAACUGACAAUGGUGCUAAUCUUUGCUUGACAAAUAAAGUUUGUCUAUUAAAUACAUGCAGUGGUUGCCUCUCUGUUAUUAGUACUGUACAUUAAUCUCUUACUUUUGUGCAUGGUGCUGUUGCAAUCAAAAUUCUGACACUUCUUUGCUGUGAACAGAGUUUCUAGAUCUCCAGUGCAAUCAAUUAAUUUUUCCCUGAAAUCAUCUACCCUCACAAUUUUAUAAUUGUUCUGUUUUAUAUUUGUAUCUGCAUUUUAGCCUCACUGUGACCCUGUAAGGUAGGUUAGUUUGCAGGAGAACUAACUAAAAGCUGGCAGCCUAGCUAUAUAUUCUGCCUGAACAUUUAUGAUUUUAACGUGCUCUAUCUACACAUGCAGCAGAAGAUGAUAGUAGUAGUAGUGCUUUAAAAUGGAUUGUACUACUUCAGAUUGGAGAUGGGGAUCCUAUUUUUUAAUGCUUCCCCAUGUUAGGUGUGGGAGAAACACUCCCCACAAGUAGAAAACUAGGCUAUGAGUAUUUCUUCUCCUGAUUUACCAGUUUUUUUCUUUUUGCUGGGACAAUUUUUGUUUUUUGUUUGCUAUUCUGCCACCUCUCUCCUACCUCUCUCCUGUCGUGUGUGUGUUGGUCAAGCCUUUGCUGCAAACUUUGAAGGGUGGACUUCUGGCAAGGAUUGGCACUGGGUUGAUCAGUGCUGUUUGGAAAACUUGGAGAGGUGCUGUUAGAGUGUGCAGAGGUGUACUUACUGCAAGCUUGAGAUAUUUAGGGAGUGGCUUAGCAUAUUGGGCCUUAUUCACAAAGUGGUACUUUUAGUCUUCUUGUAGCUGCAGGUGUUCCCUAAUCUCCAGAAUCCCAUUUGGAAGCAGCCAGUAUCCUGUUGACGGUAGCUGGUGAAAGCUGCUGGAGUUAUCUUGCAUUUGACAUUCUGUGGCUUCCAAGUAUUUCUCAUAUUUCUCAUUGUAAGGUCUACAUUUCAUUGAUGGUGACAGCUAAGCACUCCCUUAUCUGUUUAUUUCAGCAAGCCUUGAGUAAAGGUGUUCGGAGGUACCAUGCCUCUCGUGUCCUGUGCCAGAGGGCCAAAGUGGCCAUGAGUCAGUUUGAACCCAGUGAAUUUGUGAACUAUGAAAAGCUUGAGAAAAACAUCAACAUUGUCCGGAAAAGGUAAGAGUUGAGCUUGAAAAAUGUCUUAUUAAAUGGCUGGGAGGAAAGUAGUUAUUACAAAAAUACAAUUGUAUGCAAGAUCUUGUAGUGGUAGUGGAAUACGGAAUAUUGCUGGACAGCUUUCAUGUAUUGAGGCUUGAAUGCAUGUGGUGGCAAAGUUUUUUAAAUUUCAGUUUCUUCCCCUUUUUCUUAAAACUGGUUCAGUUCAAAAUAUCAGAAAAGAUUUAGGCUUAAAGUAGUCUUAAUUGCACGGGUUAUUUUAAAAAGUGCUUGCUUAUUUCUUUUACUUCAUUUUAAAUGCUGCCAUUUUAACUGAGCACUCUAAAGUGGUGAGUGAACUUGUGGACUUCUGUUCUGGGGGGCAUAUAUUUAAAAAUAUAAAGCUUCUAGAAAUAACUUUCUGUUAUGGAUAGUCAUUUUUGCAUCUUCCAAGCUUUUGGUAACCAAUCUGAGUAUGAAAAUAAUUGCAUUAACUGGUUCAUCCUUAGUAGUCCUAGCUGCGAAACUUUUAGGAUCAAAGCAAAAAUGACCAUUAAGCACCCUCGCCUUCAGAGCUGUGAGGUAAUUAUUGCCAUAGAUCCCAUAAGUCAUUCCACCCUACCUGUAGCAUCUAGGAAACCUAAUCAAUUCAUGCAAGCCGUUAUCAUGUAACUAGUUGAGAUUUUAACCCAAAAUAGAAGGUGAAUACUUGAGUGAAAAACUGCUUCGAAAGUCAUACAAAUUUAUAUUUAUUUUACAAAAGGGCAAACAUCUCAAAUGAGAAUUAGAGAAGCCAAAUAGAACAGUUAGGAGUCAGUUCUGGUAUAACAUUCCUGCUUUUUAAACCCUGGUUGAGCAAGCAGUUGUGGGCUGCAGGAUUCUCUGCUUUCCGUCAUGCCCUGAAUCUUCUGGAGCACAAUUUUCCCUUGUUAGCUCUAACAUUAGAGUGUAUGCAGCAUCAGGAUCAACUAUUUCUAGCCAUUAGCUCCUGAAGCUUUUUCCUCUAGCGACAUACUUGCGUGUAGAACCUGACAAUGAGCCUUCACCUGUGACGGAACUGGGAUAAAGUAAUGGGCUACAAUAGGGGUGGAGAACUUUUGGCCCUCAAGAAGUUGUUGGGACUACAACUCACAUCACCUUUUACCAUUGACAACCCUGGCUAGGACUAAUGGAAUCCAACCUGUCUGGAGGACUGUAGUUUCCCUACCCUGGCGCUGCAGACAGGACCUUUAUGAGUCUCAUGUUAACAUUUUGAAAGAUGUGACGUGGUUAAAAUGAAGGAGCUGAAGACAUAAAGUUCCCUGUUUCCUUCCCAACAGAUUGGACCGUCCCCUUACCCUGUCAGAGAAGAUUGUAUAUGGCCACUUAGACGAUCCUGCCAAGCAGGAUAUUGAGAGGGGCAAGACAUAUCUGCGUCUGCGGCCAGACCGUGUAGCCAUGCAGGAUGCCACUGCCCAGAUGGCCAUGUUGCAGUUCAUCAGCAGCGGGUUGCCCAGAGUGGCAGUGCCCUCGACCAUCCACUGUGAUCACCUUAUUGAAGCUCAGUUGGGUGGCGAGAAAGAUCUCCGAAGAGCAAAGGUAAUUUAUUUAUAUUUUAUACCAGCAUUUUAUUUACUGGAAGCUUGCAGCCAAAUAAUUGGCUUGUUUAAAUCAAUAUGUGAAAUUUCAGAACAUCCCUCUUCCUUUUUGACCUAUGGGUCACAAUGCUGCAGUCUUAUUAGCAGUCACUGGCAGAAUUCCCAUUUCAGACCUAGCAACCACUUUCCAUGAGGUUGCAUCUAAAAUGGAAGUUGGGACUAAACGGAUGUGGUGGUACAGAGCAAGAGCCUCUAAACUACCAUUAAACUAAUGAAAGGUAAGCCUGUUAAAUACAGGGAAAACCUUCCUAGACCCCAGCAAGUCAUGAGGAUCCUGCAUAUUUUAAUAUUUUCCAGUCUUGCCCUUUAAAAUAACUUUCCAUCUUGUUGCUUCUUCCUCUGAAAUGUUUACCUUAGUUUCCAAAACAGUAAGACUUAGAGCAAUACUGCUGUAGUAGACACUGUUGUAGUUACGAUAAAGGUACCUCAUGUGAUUUCUUGGGUUUGAAAUGUUCCAGCUCAAGAAUCUUUUUGCUCGUUAAGUCAGCAAAGUAAUAUCUGGAGAGUAACCAAAAAAGCAUGGGAAAGAAGUGAUUUUUUUUUAUUGUUCUGCAUUUGGACUGUUGCACAUCAGGUUGAAUAAUGUAACAAAUGUGCCCUCUUGAUUCAUAGAAACAGAUCACUGCAGCAUUUACAGAGAAAAUCAUCCUUCAUGCAUUAUAAUCUUUGGUGUUGUUUUUGUUUUUUAAUUGGCUCAGCCUAUUACAUUGGUGGGAUCAGACACAGCAUCUCAUUUUGCAUGUGUCUCAGAAGAAUGUACAUACAUAUAUAUGUGUAUUUUACAGGAAGAGCAUGCAGUGUUUGGAAAAGAGUUGAUUAUUAUACAGUUGUUUAUAUUUGCCGUAACAAAAAAGAAAAGAAAACGGAAUAGAUUUGUAUACAACUCAUGCAAGCUAUACAAUUAAUCUCUGGAUGCAGACCUUUUUUUAGAACACAACAGACAGGUUUUGGUUAUUUAUCCUGCCUGUCAACAUAUGCCUAGGAAAAUUAUAACUUAUCGUAAGUUGCGACCAGCAGAUUAAAUAAAUACCUAACUGCUUGGUAUCUGACUGGGAUGUCAUUCUCAAAAUAAAAUCUCUGUACAGAGUAAAAUCAAGGAAUUAAGGUGAAGAGUGGGGUGGCUGGUCUCUUAACUAUUUGGGGUAGAAACCAUACCAAGUUCUUUACAGAUGCACUUCAUUUUUGUCUGUGUAUAAACAGGACAUUAAUCAAGAAGUAUACAACUUCCUAGCCACAGCAGCUGCCAAGUAUGGAGUGGGUUUCUGGAAACCUGGAUCAGGAAUCAUUCACCAGGUAAACUCUUUCUUCCUUAGCAGCAAGAACAGAACUUUAGUACAUAUGGUUUAGGAACAUAGGAGGCAGACUUGCAUUGUUUUAGACCGUUGGUCUGCCCAGCUCAAUAUUGGCCACCUUGACUGGCAGUGACUCUCCAGAGUUUCAGGCAGAGGUAUUUCCCUGCUCUACCUGGAGAUGCUUAGGCAUAGCCCAUCCCCAGAAAUAACUCUCUGUACUUUGUGACAUCCUUUGUGUGGAUGAUUUUCAAUCUUUCAUAUGAGAAGAACAUGCAACUUUUUUUGGACAUGUGGUCCUGCAGGGUGACUAAUGUGUGCCGUUCUGGACAAAUCUUCCAGCUGUCCAUUCAAGGUCAUGCUGAUCAGAGUGUAAUUUGAUAUUUUGUUUUCUAGAACACCAUUGGAAGGGUGUGUCUUUUUUGGGGUGGUCUCCAAAAUCCAGUGUUUUUUCCCUUGUAGUCGCAAAUUUAAGAGAAAGUUGACAGGUUAGAAUUGCAGAGUUGGACACUGCACCAUGUCACUUGCAUGUUUUUUUCCUGCUGAAAUUCAUUUUUGAAAGCAGGGACUUGAGAAGGGGCAGCAAUGGAUUUGUGCUCUCCACAAUUAAACUGUGGCAUUUUCUGUGGCAGAACUCACUCUUUUAAUGUAACAUUAGUUUUCCUUUGGCCUGGUAGAAAGGCCUUUAAUAUAUCCUAUUAGAUUUGACCUUGAGGUUAACUGGUCAUAGUAUUUUUUGAGCUAUUUGUAUUAUUGUAAUUAACUAUGAAUUUUUAGAGAGCAGGAGUUCAAGGGGAAACUUAGGAGAUGGAAGCCUUUAAAUUCAUCUGAUUGUGUCAGCAAGCUCCUCUUGUGUCCCUUACUGAUGGCUUCUUUCUUCCCUACCCUGAUGAGCAUGACUCAUAGCCAGCCCAAACUGAUUGACCCUUCUGAAUCUGCUUUAGUACUAGAAAAGUUUCCAAACCAUUUUGGUAGUUAUUACAUCACCUUAAGAGUCCUGCUGAGUUUGUCGACAUAAAUCUCUCCUUCUUUCUCAGAUCAUCCUGGAGAACUAUUCCUAUCCUGGUGUUAUGCUUAUUGGCACAGAUUCCCAUACCCCCAAUGGUGGUGGCUUGGGUGCAAUCUGCAUUGGAGUUGGUGGAGCUGAUGCAGUUGAUGUCAUGGCAGGAAUCCCCUGGGAGCUCAAAUGCCCAAAGGUGAGACAGUGGAGCAUAUAAACGUUGCCUCCAUGCAGACAAUUGGGAUAGGUGAACAAGAGGGUUCUUUCUAAAGGAAAAAAAGGGGGGAUUUUACAAUAUCAAAAUAUGCUGGUGUAAAUGUAUAGCUAUUGCUUGCAAGUGGAAACUCUGAAUUUCCACUCUUCCCUUUUUCUUAUUCUUGCAGCUUGGAAGAUACGCUGAUGCCACUAACUUUAGUUAAGCAUACCUGAGCUUAAUAGCAGAUAAGGAAUGUGAAUCUCUGCUCCAAGAAUCUCUCUUAUAUUUGCAAUAAGGAUAUUAGUAAACAGCCAUUUGAGAAACUGAAUCUGCAUACUUAUUUUUGGAAGUUACUCUUUCUGCUAACUCAUUUUAUUUGGUUUUUCAGGUAAUUGGUGUAAAACUGACAGGUUCGCUGUCUGGCUGGAGCUCUCCUAAAGAUGUGAUCCUGAAAGUGGCUGGCAUACUUACUGUGAAAGGUGGCACAGGAGCUAUUAUAGAGUAUCAUGGGCCUGGCGUUGACUCCAUCUCUUGCACAGGUAGGAAAAAAGCACCUUAGAUCUAGAAAAUUUUGGACCAUGAAGGUUUGGGAGCUGGUGGUAAUGGUCAGAUCAGUGACUGAGGAUGGAAAGAAAUUGUUGGUCCUUGGGAGUGGAAUUAGAACACGACAAGCAUCCAUUGGCUAAGUAGAUCAGCAGUGUGAUGCAGAAGAAUCUAUGUAUUAAUCCCUAAUUUAAACAUUAAACAUUAUCGGUACAGUAGUACUAUAACAUAGCAGUUGUAACAAUAUGCUAAAGGUAAGUAAACAUUUAUCGGUUUCAGAAUUAGACCCAUAAGUAGUAGCAGUUGCCAGGACAUUGCCAUGUUCACCUCUACAUAGCUCCAGGAAUCAAUUAUUUCAGAUACUGUAUCAUGAUCUAUUGAAAUAUUGCAGUGUUUAGCUGUGAUAUAUCGCGAUGUUGAAAACCAGAUAUCACCCAGCCCUAGCCAGGAGUGGCAGUUUCAUAGGUCUGAUGGCUCUAAGUGGCUCAAGUGAGGCUUGCUUUUCUGUAAAUUCAUGUCUUCAUGCCCCAAAGGUGCUAUCCAGAAGCGGUACACAGGUGGUUGUGUUUGGUCACUACCUGGGUCCUGUACUAAAAAUACAUGUAAAUCUAUAGAAUAAUUUUUUUAAUAGUCAUUGAUAAUAAAAUGUGACUUGUUUUCUUGGAAAAGACAGUAUUACUGCUAUUAGAAGAGGAAGGGAUUGCAGUAGAACUAGUGUAUUAAUCAAACUAUCUAGUUUUUUACUGCAUAGCAAAUCUCUCUUUUUAAGAGAGAUUUUCCUAUUUAAUGAGCAGUAAUAUCUGGCUCUUGGCUGUUUAUAAACUCAUAAGUAAAAUGAUGGACUGUAACAGGUCAGGAUACUGACUUGCAAAUGGCUUUAAUUACUUGGGUUCCAAUCUCACUUGUGGUAUGGAUCACCUCUUUCAACCACAGGAAUGGCAACUAUCUGCAAUAUGGGAGCUGAGAUUGGUGCCACCACUUCAGUCUUCCCUUACAAUAACCGGAUGAAAACAUACUUGUCCAAGACUGGACGAGCAGGUAAGAACUUGUGGAAAUAUGUCAAGGGGUCAUACAAAACGGAAGGCAUUUCCGCCCCCCCCCCUUUUCUUCACCAUUCUGCCUUGUGUGAAAUUACAUCUUUCAUUUGCUGGCUGUUUGUAUCUUAUUCUAAUUAAAUGGAUUUUAAUUUCCAACAUACUGCAAAGCCAAGAGGACCUCUGGGAAAUACCUAAGGAAAUGAAGCUCUAGAAGAAAUUCAUUUCAUGAGUUAAUGGGAUAAAGCAAAUCAUGAAUUCAAAGGGUUGCUCCCUUAAAUUGCUUAACUGAACAGAGAUGGUAGGCUAUUGAGAAUGGGAUGGGGGACGGGGAGAAGGAGAAUGGGACUGUGUCAUGUCGUUUAACCUGGUGCAGAGUUGCAGCUUGUGUCCUUUCCUCCGUUCAUGUUUGUUUUAGGCAAACAUCAACUGGUCAGGGCUCUUGUAGAAGGUGACUUAUGCUAUGCAGUUACAAUCCUCUUAAGUAAAUGUAGCUAGAAUGAAUUAACUUUAUUGUUGAUUAAAACAUAACUGCCAGUUUUAUAAACCACGACUCAGAGCUCCAUUCUCCAACCUGAUGCCUUCCAGCUGUUGGUGAACUAAAUCUCCCACCAGUCCCAGCCAGCAUGAACAAUGAUCAGGGAUGAUGGAAAUUGUUGUCCAGCAACAUCUGGAGGGCACCGGGUUGGAAAAGUCUGGUUCAGAUUAUUGGAAAUAAGCCAUAACAUAUACCUGGUUUGUGUGCUUCCUCUGGCAUGAGGAGAAUGGAAAUGUCCUUGUCCCCAACCCUUUUGGGCCUGGAGGCACAUUUUACAGAAGGAAAAUGCUUAGAAUCCCCUCCCCCCCAAACAAGCACAACAUCUACAGUCCCCUAAACAGAUUUUAAAAAGGGGAAACACUCUCCGAAAAUAGGCAACCCUCUCCCAACCAAAUAGCUCCAGAAAAGCCCACAACUUAAAUUUAAAAAAGAAAAUGGGAAGGACAGGAGGUCUUGUUGGCUACUGAGAGGUGUGUCCAAGGGUUACAACCACAUGGGGGAUCUCAGAUCAAACUAUAGUUCCAUGUUGUGGAUAAGCUUCAUGAAGCUUAUUUCAUUCAAGGUACCCAAAACAAGGAAAUACAAAGCCCAACCUCAAAUGAUGAACCAAAAUGCAAAAUUGGGUAAAGGUAAAGGGACCCCUGACCAUUAGGUCCAGUCGUGACUGACUCUGGGGUUGCGGUGCUCAUCUCGCUUUAUUGGCCGAGGAAGCCGGCAUACAGCUUCCAGGUCAUGUGGCCAGCAUGACUAAGCCGCUUCUUGCAAACCAGAGCAGCACACAGAAACGCUGUUUACCUUCCCGCCGGAGCGGUACCUAUUUAUCUACUUGCACUUUGAUGUGCUUUCGAACUGCUAUGUGGGCAGGAGCAGGGACCGAGCAACGGGAACUCACCCCGUCGCGGGGAUUCGAACCGCCGACCUUCUGAUCGGCAAGUCCUAGGCUCUGUGGUUUAACCCACACCGCCACCCGCGUCCCGAACUGGGUACAAGCAUAUAAUUGGGUAUGAGCAUAUAAAUUUCCAAAUUAAUAUGCAAAGUGUAUAAAUGUAUGUAACUUUAAUCUCUUUACAUAAGUCAAAUGUACAAAAUAUGGUGAAUAAUUAAUAUAAGUCCAGUUUUGGAGAGCCCAGUCUAGGGACCUGUUCUUUACUGCUGACUGCCUUUUGGUUUAUCUCCUCUUGACCUCUGCGUUCAGCUUUCUCCCUCUCUGAUUUCAGCGAUUGCUAGUUUGGCAGAUGAAUUCCAAGAGCACUUGAAGCCGGAUCCUGGAUGUCCUUAUGACCAGUUGAUUGAAAUUAACCUCAACGAGGUAGGAUACACUUGCUAUUUUUAAAGAAACAGUUCAUGUAGGAGACCUAACAAGGGCAUUUUAGAUGAUAUAUUCAAAUGACAUUGCUCAAGAGAUUUGACACAAUUCCUUUCUAUAGUUUAGUCUAUAUAUCAGUAGGGAAUAUUGACUUGGAAAGAAGACAAGUUAUUGUAGCAACUUGAAAUAAGGAAACUGCAUAUCUUGCUGACCUUUUCACUCCUAAAAUCUAGUCUAGACUUAAAUUUUUCAUUUAUUCUGCUCUUCAUGGUCCAUUCUUCCUAGAUUUAGAUUUCUCUUCUCAAUUAAAAGUGCCUAUUUAAGAACAAACAUUUUAAAGUGCUUCUUGUUCAUGAAAAAUUUCUGUCUUGCCAUUGUGUAUAAAAAUCGUGUUCUUGCAAUGUAGUGGUGAUUAUUCAGAAUUUUCUCAACUACUUGUGACAUUCCCCCCCCCUUCCCAAAGCUGAAGCCCCUUAUCAAUGGGCCCUUCACUCCAGAUCUGGCACACACUGUAGAAGAAGUUGGUGCUGUUGCAGAAAAGAAGGGCUGGCCAAUAGAUAUCAGAGUUGGUGAGUAGCACUUUUCCCUUGCUGAUGAUUCUCCUGGUAGCUUUUCUCUCCACCUUGAAAACUGAGGUAACAUUACUUCAGCUGCCUCUAAGCGUGCUCUUCGUAACUAUCAAGCCAGUUCCUGGAAGGAAUGCUCUGUCUAUCAAGUAUACAGGUAGCUCCAGUCUUGCAUGUUGGGACUACAACAGAGCUUGAAGGUCCUCAUUGACUGUGGUCUAGAAUAUGCAGAACCCUCUUGUGACAAACCUGUUCUGUAAACAUGAACAUUCAGUAUCCCACUAGGAGUCUUCAUCCUUUCUUUCUUUAAGGAGCAUGCUUGAGCUAUUUCACUCUCAAAUUUAAUUCCAAGGGGAAGCCGGCUGUUUUUCUCUUUAAGUGUUGUUCUAAGAUACUAGAGGUUAAGCAGAGAGCCUAGCUUGGAAAUCUCCGGCAAAAUGAGUACUGAUAUGUUACAUGUUUCUUUAAUUUCUUUCUUUUUUUAAUAGGACUUGUGGGUGAGGUUAAACAUUUGGAGGUCUGUUUCUGACUUUUCCAUCUCAUGUUCACAGGUCUGAUUGGUAGCUGCACCAACUCCAGCUACGAGGACAUGGGGCGCUCUGCCGCUGUGGCAAAGCAAGCGCUUGCUCACGGGGUGAAGUGCAAGUCUCAGUUCACCAUCACACCUGGAUCAGAGCAGAUCCGGGCCACCAUUGAGAGGGAUGGCUAUGUGAGUACUCUUGCGAUGGCGCAUCGUGGCCAGUAUAUGCCUCCUGAAGAGUUAAGAUGAAGACCGCCACAUAGUUUUCUAUUGGCUAAUUCUGUUCUUUACCUUCUUCAGUCGAAAAUCCUGCGUGACGUUGGUGGAGUGGUUCUUGCCAAUGCUUGCGGGCCAUGCAUAGGCCAGUGGGACCGGUAAGAGGGAAUGCAUUAAACUGAUUUCCCAUAAGAAAUGAAUCCUUUUACAUUGGAAAUGAAAUAAAUGCAUGAAUGCAGAUAAAGCAAAAAUUUGCAAGCAGAGAUCGUUCUUCCAGGUCUCAAAUGAACUGGUUAGCGGGAAGAAGAUGUUUUAAAUUGUUUUUCAGCACAGCUUUGGGAACGCUGGUUGCAGAGCAAUACAAAGCUUUGCACGUGGGCCGUGAACAGCUAGCUGUUCAUAGCUUCAAGUUUUACAUUUUCUGUAGACCUUGACAAGCCUUUCUCUUUUGCUUGACUUUGCAGAAAGGAUACGAAAAAGGGAGAAAAGAAUACAAUUGUUACCUCCUACAACAGAAAUUUCACUGGUCGCAAUGAUGCCAACCCAGAAACACAUGCUUUUGUAACUUCACCAGAGGUAUAGUAUGCAUCAGGUUUAUUCUACAAGGGGAGAGGUAGGCAUCAGAAACUGGACCUGCUGCAUUUCCUUUGGGAAAAUGAUAAUUGGGCCUUUGAAAGCUCCAGAGCUCAAGCGGGGGAAGUAUAAGAAUUGUGGAUAGCUUCCUUGUGCUUUAAAACCUAGUGGCCCACAAGUCUUCUCAAAAUGAGAAUACAAAUAGUUGUUCACUUGAAAUUAAGGUGAGGAGAUUAUGCAGUUUAGUCAGGGUUGGUUUCAAUCUUGAGCAGAUAAGUCUUCCUUGUACCCUCACAUUUCAUGCUAAUAGUAGGCUUUCCCUAACAAGUAUUUCCUUGUGAGAUGUCUGAAUUAUGGUAAAAAAAAUUAGAUUGGAAUUUUUAGAGUGACAGAAUAGAAUGAAAUUUAGGAAAUGGGCUUCUCUCUCACCCAUAACAGAUACUUUUUUUCAGAUUGUAACAGCCCUAUCACUUGCCGGCACCCUGAAAUUUAACCCAGAGGUAGACUUCCUGACAGGUUCUGAUGGAAAGAAGUUCAAACUUGAGCCACCUGAUGCUGACGAGCUGCCCAAACUGGUAAUCUUCCCACUUCUUGUCAAACUUGCUUCCCAUCUUACAUCACCAAUUGGUAGGAAAAUUAUUAAAGGACAAUGCAUUGGAAACAAUGUUUUUACCUCAGUAUAGCUGUUUAAAUAUGAAAAUGUUCUUAAGGUGGUGUGCAGAACAUGAGUAGUAAUCCCACUGGACAGAGACGGUUGUCUUAUCUGAGUGAGAUAGAUGUGGGAGGUGGGAGCAGGCAGUCAACAGCGAUGGCAGAAAAGAGUUGAAACUAGGGAAGACCACAUGAUUCAAGGAACACCUGAAGAUGGCUGAGCAGAGAGAUGACUGAUGGGGGAAUUCCUUGAGAUACCCUUUCUUUGUGACCCUGAAAUACAAAAUAUGUGGCCUUGCAUGAAUACUAUGAAUUUGGGUUUUUUCUCUCUUCUGGAUAAGGUUGGCUUCCUCCUUACAUCCCUUUGCUUUUAAUAAUAAUUUCCUUCAGGAAUUUGACCCAGGACAGGACACCUAUCAGCACCCCCCCAAGGAUGGCAGCAGCCAGCAUGUGGAUGUGAGCCCCACUAGUCAGCGCUUGCAGCUCCUUGAGCCCUUUGACAAGUGGAAUGGCAAGGACCUUGAAGACAUGUUAAUUCUCAUAAAAGUAAGGAGGGGAGGGAGCCUGGGUAGGGAUGGGAACUAUUAAUUGUCCACUCACCGCCGGAAUUGGGAAUGCCUGCUUCCAAGGGCCCAGUGUCACACACUUCAGGGAUGUUCUGAGGUAUUCUUCUGCUGGAGACCUCCAUGCACACUGCCCAGGCUUGCACCCCAGGGAGGUCACUUCGGUGCUGCUAACGCAGCGAUUUGGCUUCACCCCUGGAGGCAUACACCUUUGUCUCUCGGGACAGACAGAUGCCAACAAUGUGUGGUGCCUAAAUUUCCCACCAGCGGAAUCAGUCUUCAGGGUAGAUUUAAACAGUAGAGCUUUUAUUGGAAGAUUUUUUAAAAAUGUAAUUGUGCUACAUAUCCAAAUGUUCCUGGCAACUCGCAGCCCAUAAUUUAUAAGGUGGGUUCUUGAACUUUAUAUCACAAGCACAAUGACCCCAACCACAGUAUUCAAGGGUAAGUUCCACUGAUAAUUUUCAGCUAAUCUCUUGUGAUUAUGAGGUUUAACCGUUUGCCAAUUCAGUACAUUUUAAUGGAAGAUCUAGGCAAAAGUUGGGUAUGGACAGGAUUAAACAUAUGGAAUCUCCACAGUGGCAUGAAAAUCAAAGGAUGCUAAGAAUGCUAAAUUGGGGAAUUGGAAACCCCAAAGCUUGCAGUAGUCCUCUAUAUAACUUAAAACAAAUCUGAAUAAAAAAAGCAUAUCUCCUUUUGAUCAUAUAGGGUUGUAUCCAGUGAUAGUUCUACUCAGGGUUGAACCAUUGAAAAUAAUGACCAUGAAUUAGGUCCCUUAAUUUCAAUGAGUCUGUUCCAAUUAGAACUUAGUUGGAUACUAGCACAGAAGCACAUGUCGCUUGAUGAUGAGAUAGCUGCACUGGUUACCAAUUUGCAGCCAGGCCAGGUUCAAGGUUCUUGUGUUAACCCACAAAGCCCUAAACAACUUUGCCUUCAAAUACCUUAAAGGACCCAUCUGGUUUCUGGUCCAUCUGGUGACCAAGGUCUUCCGAUUGGGCAAUCUGGUAGUCCCACAUACCCCUGAAGUUCAGCUAGCCUCUGCUGGGGACCAAACCUAUAGUGCAGCACACCCUGUCCUGUGGAAACCCCUAGCAGUAGAGGUUCAGUAAGAGUCAUCCUUGCUUUCGGGCAUCUUCUGAAAGCUAUUAUUCAGGCAUGCCUUUCAAAUGUGAGAUUCUUUGCCAAGCCGCUUGUACUGAUGUGCUUUUUAUUGUCGCGUUCUGUUCUUAAGUUGCAUACCACCUUGCAAUAUUUUAUAUGAAAGUGCAGUUUUAAAAUAUUUAAAUAAUACAAUACACAAUAAGCCCUUGAAACUGAAACAUACCUCAUGUUGUCAAAAUGCUCAUUCUUUAUACCGAGUUUCUCUUAACUUGUAUUCCAGGUGAAAGGUAAAUGCACCACUGACCACAUUUCAGCAGCAGGUCCCUGGCUCAAAUUCCGUGGCCAUCUGGACAAUAUUUCAAACAACCUGCUGAUUGGAGCCAUAAAUAUUGAGAACGAUAAGGCCAACACAGUGAGGAACGCAUUAACCCAGGAGUUUGGUCCUGUUCCUGACACAGCCCGUUACUACAAGGUGAGACUUCUCUAAGCACCACAGGGGUACGAAGGUGAAUAGUUCGUAGCCACAUUCUCACAAAUAGCAUUGCUUCCUUCUCAAAACUCAUUUCUGCACUUUAAACACCAUAAAGCAGGAAUAAAAUCUCCUCUCGACUGUCCUGCAAUUGUAUAAAAGCCACCAUAUACUGUAGCUACUGUGCUUCAGGCACAAUGUCCUGCAAAAAAGGCUGCUGUUCCACUUCUAGACACUAGAGGAUGCUCUGGAGCCAAGGACUCCAGUCGGUUUGGUCAGAAGUUAUAUCGAGGGCCAAACUACCAUCAACUGUCCUGUAAGAAGGAUCCCAUGAGAGGAAGGAGAGGAGUCUCCUUUAAGAGGGAGGGUAUAGUGUAUAGGAAUGUAAGUAAUAAUAAAGAUUCCAGCUGGAAUGUCCCCUCAACAGGGCUAUCUGCUACUUGCUGCCCUGUGUGAUGGCUCCAUAUGGCUUGUCACAUGUUGGUUUUACUCAUUUUGUGUGUGUUUAAUGUGCUGAAAUUAUUUGUACGUUUUAUUGGAAGCACUGUGCCCUGAAAAGUGGGAUAUUAAAAUAAGAACCUGAGAAGAGUUCUGCUUGGAUCAGACCCGAGUCCCACCUAGAUCAGCAUCCUGUUCUCAGUGGCCACCUAGAUGCAUGUGUGGGCAGCCUGCAAGCAAGACAUGAGUGCAACAGCAUUCUUUAAUGAAAUAUUGUUUGUUACAAUUGAACUAAUUAACUAUAGUAGAAUAAAUUAACCAAACUAAAUAAAUGCAACAUAGGGAAAGGUUUGGGUAGGAAAGAGGAGUUAUAAGUCCUUGGAUGCCCCCAGUUUUAACCACAGGAACUAAGGAAGCAUUUUUAGCUCUUCUCUUCUCUUCUUACUUACGUGCAAAAGAAACUUAACUCUGUCCAGUAGUUUCCUAUUCUGAUUGCCUUCAUGUGACUUGCUGCUACAAUUCAUGGCCUUCAGUCUUCUUUUCCUUCAAAAGAUUACAUGACAUCUUAUUCUUAUUCUCUGGCGAUCACUCAUAGCCGAAUAAGAUUGUCUUCCAUGAACUUGGUCUUAACAGUGUGUCUGUAAGUGACUGUGGAGCCCAGUUCUGGAUCAACACGUCCUUCCACAGUGGGGAUAUAGGUUUCCAGGCAGGAGUUGAUCAUGGUGAGAGUUUGCCAAACGUGCCUUCCUCUGAGCACGUUUCUCCCUUUUGUCCUGAGUCCGAGUGUCUGAUAAGUCCUGGGAUAAACCUUCAUUCCUGCUUUGCCACAGCAGUCUCUUUCUUUCUGAAUACUAAAUGUUUUGUGUGUAUGCAUCUGCUUUGUUCACAGAAAGAAGGUAUUAACUGGGUAGUGGUUGGGGAUGAAAACUACGGUGAAGGCUCAAGCCGGGAGCACGCAGCACUGGAACCACGACAUCUUGGAGGAAGAGCCAUCAUUGUCAAGAGCUUUGCCAGGAUUCAUGGUGAGAACCCCACUUUUUAUAGAGCCAACUGAAAUGAUACGGAGGUUAUACGUACAGUUGGCUUUUUGUCCAAAUCCAAACAUUUGCUCCCUUAGGAACUUGUGGGUGCAUACAUGCUUAGAUCCACAGCUAUGCACUAGUGGUUUUCUGUAAAUGUGUAUCACCUCCGUUGUACUCAAGAUCCUUUCACCAUAUAUAUUAAAACUUACAUGUCCGAAGUGGAGAGUAAUCAGCUUAGUUUUUGUGCUUUAGUUACAUCAGGAUGGUUCAGAGGGAUUCCCUGGAGGAGAGCUGGUGUCACUGUGAACAGCCAGCUGUGGAAACCCUGGCGCAUGUAGUGUGGCAUCUCUGUCUUUGUAGUUGCCCUAAACAAAAUUUAAUAGCAAAGUGGUUGGGGGAGAAAGGGACCGUGAGGAUAGGAUGUACUGGACUUCUUGCUGACAAACCAGACCCAUAGGCUUAUGUAUGAUCUAGAUAGUUUUCUAGUUGUGGUUUUGUCUAAAAAGGAAUGGGAUGAAUCCCAUAUGGUGGACUGCCAGCACAAUUCAGAACACUGAAAGUAGAUAAAGAGUGCCAGAUAAUAGGGGUUACUAAUUGUGUGUUGUAUUGAGUUAAAUUAUAAGUAGUAGCAUUUUACCUCUUUUGCAGCUUGCUGUAGUUUAUUAUUACAGUUGAAGUGCAAAAUGUUGGAUGCUGCAACAGUGUGAUUCUGUUUUAAUCAUGCUCUGAGUCAUCUACUUUUUAUGGCAUUUGGUAACAGAUUUAGACCUCUAAAUGCUUAUAUCCAAAUGGCUAAUGGUACCGUCUGUGUUCACUGAUCUCAUGUAUGGAAUCCAACAAUAUAGAAGUUAAUAUUCUUAUCUUCUCUCUAGUUUGUUGAACUCUCAUUGCAGAUAAUUGUGUACACGUAGUAAGGGAAAAGUGGACCCUUCCAUGAUUAUUUUGUUGUAAAGAAAUGGUCCCCAAUUCAGGGAGUUCCUUAUUCUGGUGUAAACUCCUCAAACUAUAAUCCUAGGCCUUUAGACUUAAAUUCCUUCUAUAUACUUUCUCCCUGAAAAACUGCUCAUGUGUUCAGUGGCAUGUUAAAGUAACAAAACUAUUUCUAUUGGCUGCACAUUUAGAAAGCUGGAGUAGUGCAUGCAAGUGGGUUAACAGUUCCAGUUGAAAAUCUUAAAUGAUUUGCCUUUGGGAUAUAGAGACUUGCUUCCCUUUGUUUCUUCAGUCACAUUUAAUAAUUUUGCUUGCUAGGAUAUCUGUUACUGCUUCUGUAGAUGAAAUAUAGACUACAUUGAAAAAUCAUUCAGUUAAUUCUUGCAACAGGCUGCUAGAAUGUGUCUUGAAAGUGUUCUGCUGACUGUUUUAAGUCCAAUGUUCUUAACAGAAACCAAUCUGAAGAAGCAAGGCCUCCUGCCACUAACCUUUGCUGAUCCAGCUGAUUAUGACAAGAUCCACCCUGUGGACAAGCUCAGUAUUGUGGGUCUGAAAGAUUUUGCUCCUGGAAAGGUAAUGGCCACAGUUUCUCAGCAAUAGUCCUUCCUCUCCCUGCUUUUCUGCUGCAUAUUUGUAGUAUACAGCUGUAUAUAUCAGGGCUAUUGUUCCACUUGAGUAGAUCAAUUUCUAAAGAACUUCUAAUUUUUUUUAAAAAAUGCAGUUCAGAUAUUCUGGAUUUCUCAGAGGCACCUGAACAAGCAAUAUACAGUAAUACCUUUGUGAACGUCCACCUUGUCUAGCAUCCAUUCCGGAGAAUGUCCGUGGCAAACCCAGAAGUACCGGAACGGUUUACUUCAGAGUUUGCCGCUCAUGCAUGCACAGAAGCGCAAACCGCUCCACACGCAUGCACAGACGCGGCACUUUGCCUGCAUCCUUUUCGGCUAGCGGCCUGGGCUCCGGAAUGGACCCUGGCCGCAAAACAAGGUACGACUGUAUUAGAAAUCUAGAAUCUUGGCUAGAUUGAAUGGAUGGACUUCUUUACUUUGUACAGUAUCCAAGUGCUUUUCUGUGCUUAUGGUUCCAGCUUCCUCUUUUCCCAUAAAACGCUGCAAAUAUUUUGCUGCAGAUCAAAGUGUAAAAUCUUGUAAAGGCAGACCUUUUUGCCCAGACUUUCUCUGACCCAUAGGACUGGACCCUUAUAUUGCCGAAUUCUGUAUUUAUAAUGCUAUGUUUGCUGUUUUGCUUUUUGUUUUAUUGACACUGUUUUACUAUUGUAGUUUUGUAUACCACUUAGAGAUUUUGAAAUAUCCAGCAGUUCAUAAAUGCUUUAAAAUUAUCUGGAAAAUGCAUAAUUUAUUUUGGGACAGAUUUUUGGGUCUUUUGCAUAGAAUUCUUGCAUUUGAGCUCUGAUCUUUACCCAUAACGUCUAGCUAAUGUUAACUGGAUACAUGAUCUGCGAUACAGUAGUACCUCGGGUUACAUACGCUUCAGGUUACAGACUCCGCUAACCCAGAAACAGUACCUCGGGUUAAGAACUUUGCUUCAGGAUGAAAACAGAAAUCGUGCAGUGACAGCACAGCAGCAGCAGGAGGCCCCGUUAGCUAAAGUGGUGCUUCAGGUUAAGAACAGUUUCAGGUGAAGAACAGACCUCCAGAACAAAUUAAGUUCUUAACCCGAGGUACCACUGUACAGAUAAGUAGGCAAGUCAUGUUUUAUGUAGACCUGAGUUGAGAAUUAUGUUAACUAAAUGGAUAGUCCUUUAAAACAAAAGAUCUGGGUAUCUCACCUCUUAGACUCAAUUCGGCUUGCAAAAAAACUGGAAGAAAAAUCAAAUGCAUUUUUUGACCAGAGUAACUGAUAAAUGAUGCCUUUAGCAGUCUGACGGAACAAACUGAGAUACUUAACCUAGUCCUAGACUUCUAAUUUCUCUCCUUUCCUUCAUAGCCCCUGAAAUGCAUCAUUAAGCAUCCUAACGGGAGCCAAGAAACAAUUGUUCUGAACCAUACCUUCAAUGAGACUCAGAUUGAGUGGUUCCAAGCUGGUAGCGCACUCAACAGAAUGAAAGAGCUGCAGAAGCACUGAACCUACACAAGUACACACAUCCAGUGGACCUGAUGACUGUCUCUAUAAAAGUGCAAUUCCACUACAAUUCUUGACAAUUAAUGUCUGUGAUCAAAUGUUAACUUAGCUUCCCCUUUAUUACAGUACUCACUUGCUGACAUUAAUGAGAGUACUCAUUUUUGCAUUAUCAGGUUCUGGCUUCCAUAGCUGCCUAUGUUUGGUGCAUUUCAGUUGUCCCAUAUUGCUUUGUAUUUAUAUUUCCUGAUGAUUUUUCUGCCCGAUCAUUUCAGUGAUGGCAAAAGGAUAAAACAUUAGAAGAUUAUUGUUCUUGUGGAAAACAAAAUAAAGAUUGUGACUGACUCA